AUGCGAUUUGUUCGAAAGCGAAAUACUUUUGCAAAAAUGAAUGCUGAAAGUUAUCAGUGCUUUUCUAAUGAAGUUUAUUCGUCAUUUGGAUAUGACAAUUAUGUUCUGUAUGCUUAUCAGUAUACAAUAUUCUUUGUUCCGUAUGAAUUAUGGACAGGAAUGCCUGAAUAUGGGCCAAAUACAGAAUGCUCGGAAAGUGGAAUACUGCCUGAAUAUCAGCAGUGCGAACCUCAAGUGGAUGAAUAUGGAUAUGGCCGGUUCCAGAAUACUAUGCAUAUGGGCCGGUUCCAGAAUACUAUGGAUAUGGACCGUAUGCAAAUAUAUAUGGAUAUGGACCAUAUGAAAAUACAUAUGAACAUGGGCCAGACUCAGAAAAUGUCGGAUUUGGGCCACAAGUAG